CAAACCCAGACAAGCAAAAUUAAAGAAACCCUACACAGAAGCCCAAAACCCCUCAUAAACCCACAACAAUAAAUACUUAAUAAAAUUCAGAUAGGAAAAAUGGGAGAAUCAGAAGCAAAAAUGGAGCAAUCCCUGAAAGAUCAAGGCAAUGAAUUUUUCAAAUCUGGGAAUUAUCUCAAAGCAGCUGCUCUUUACACUCAGGCCAUUAAGCAAGACCCCAACAAUGCAACCCUUUAUAGCAACCGUGCUGCUGCAUUCUUGCAUUUGGUCAAGCUCAAUAAAGCUCUUGCUGAUGCUGAGACAACUAUCACAUUAAAACCUGAUUGGGAAAAAGGUUACUUCAGGAAAGGAUGUGUCUUAGAGGCAAUGGAAAGAUAUGAUGAUGCCUUGUCAGCAUUUGAGAUGGCAUUGAAGUACAAUCCGCAGAGUUCAGAGGUGUCAAGAAAAAUCAAGAGGCUUUCACAGUUGGAGAAAGAAAAAAAGCGGGCUCAAGAAGUGGAAAGCAUGAGAUCAAAUGUUGAUAUGGCAAAGCAUCUGGAUGCAUUGAAAUCUGAACUGUCUGGAAAAUAUGGAGCUGAAGAGAUUUCUGGAGAGAUUUUCUCUUUCCUUGUUGAAACAAUGGAGAUGGCUGUAAAAUCAUGGCAUGAAAGUUCUAAGGUUGAUGCUAGAGUUUAUUUUCUUCUUGACAAGGAUAAAACAGACACUGAGAAGUAUGCGCCCGUCGUUAACAUUGAUAAGGCAUUUGAAUCACCCCAUACACACAGCAGUUGUUUUUCAUUUCUUAGACAAUAUGCUGAAGAUUCUUUCUCUCGAGCAGCUUGCUUGGUAACACCUAAGAGUAUUAUAUCUUACCCACAGGUCUGGAAAGGACAAGGAUCUAGGAAAUGGAAGCAUGGACAAACUGAUGGCUUCUUUGUUCAAUUUGAAACUCCUUCCAUUCGCAAGUUAUGGUUUCUUCCUAGUUCCACUGAGAAGGGGCAGACUUUAUGCAGGGAUCCGGUCGCUUUGGACAUUAGCGUACAUGAGGUUCUUCCUCGUCUGUUCAAGGAAGUGUAAUUAAUGUAGCCGCGAUUUCUUCUCUUUGGAACGACAUCUCUGGGAAAAAAAUGAUUUAUUGCCAAAACAGAGUGUCCAUAACUUCGAGGCACAGGAAAGGUCCGUGCUGGAUAUCACAUUGAUCAGUCGUGCAUAUCCUUGCAUUUGGGUGCAUUGUCGAUAUUGCUGUCUCCUGUUCAGCUAGUCAACAUCUUUCAGGCUUGUAUUUGAGCUUUUUUUGCUUUGUAAUUUUGCUUUUGAAGUUUUUACAAUGUCGUGUAUUGUUCUUUUCAAAUUGGAUUAGGACGUCUUGGGAUGACAUAGUACUUUCUUUGUUUUAUGCUUUUGGCUAUUAGAUUCAGAAAGUAGUGAUUAUAUAGCCAAAAUUUGUAUACACAAAUUUAUAGCAUGGUUUGGUUCAAAACUGUGGUGUAUAAACUUUUUAUAGCAUGUUAUUUAUUGGCAGCAUGUUAUUUAUUGGCA